UUUUAUUUUCUAUUUCCACCUGGGGCGCACCAUCAUACACAGCUAUGGGACAGUUUGCUUCAAAAUGAACUUCCGGUGUCUGCAUGGGCAGCCUGGUGUAGUUGAACUACAACUCCCAAAUGUCACCUAUGCACACUAAAGGGAACUGAAUCUGCUGUUGAACAUGGUGCUUGCCCAUGGCAUGGAUUCCAGUCGGCCUCAGCACAACCUUCCCACCAUCCUUUACCCGGCACACAACACAAGCUUGACCACCUGCCCUAUGUCCACGGGAGAAUUGUGGGUACCCGGACUCUACAAAGAUGGCGUCACGGGGAAGACAAAUGGCACGGUGCCAGCCCAGUUACUCUUCCCCGGGGAGAUAGCUGCUGCUGGCCUUAUCUUUGGAGUAAUAUGGAUUCUUUCUCUGUUUGGUAAUGCAUUGGUCUGCCUUGUUAUCCAUCGAAGCCGGAGAACUCAGUCUACUACUAAUUACUUUGUGGUGUCUCUGGCAUGUGCGGAUUUACUGCUCAGUGUGGGCAGCGCUCCCUUUACCCUGCUACAAGUCACCUCUGGCCGCUGGGCACUGGGCAAUGCCAUGUGCAAGCUGACACGCUAUUUCCACUACUUGACACCAGGAGUCCAGAUUUAUGUCCUGCUGUCAAUCUGCCUUGACCGCUUCUACACCAUCUUGUACCCUUUGAGCUUCAAGGUGUCCAGGGAGAAAGCCAAGAGGAUGAUCGCCGCUUCGUGGCUCUUCGACGCCGCUUUUACAUCGCCUGUCUUCUUCUUCUACGACGGUGUUGACGGGCACUGCAAUUUCUUCCCACCCCCAUCCUGGGAUGGAGCUGCUUAUGGGGUGGCUCACCUAAUAGUGGGCUUUGUGGUUCCGUCUGGGCUUAUAAUCCUCUUUUAUCAAAAGGUAGUGAAAUACAUUUGGCGCAUUGGCACGGAUGGGCUCACGGUCAGGCGCACAAUGAAUAUUGUGCCAAGGACCAAGGUCAAAACUAUCAAAAUGUUUCUCAUGCUCAACGCCAUAUUCAUGGUGUCCUGGCUGCCAUUCUACGUGGUGCAAUUGUGGCAUCCGGAUGAGAACGACAGGAGGCAGAGCUGCUUUGCUUUCCUGGCAGUCUCGUGGCUUUCGUUCGGUUCCUCGGCUGCCAAGCCCACCCUGUACUCUGUCUACAAUGCCAACUUCCGGCGAGGCAUGAAGGAGACUUUCUGCAUGUCCUCCAUGAAGUGUUACAGGAGCAAUGCCUACACCAUCACCACCAGCUCUCGCGUGGCCAAAAGGAACUACGUGGGCAUCUGUGAAAUGCCCGUCCCUGCCAAAACCGCAGUCAAAGAGUCUGUGUACGAUUCUUUUGACCGUGAGGCCAAAGAAAAAAAACUGGCGUGGCCCAUUGACUCCAAUCCCCCUAAUACAUUUGUAUGACCCCAGAAUGGACACAGAACAGUCAUAAAAUAUUUAUUCUAUCAAUGCAGGAGGGGCGGGCCUCUCCAGCACCAUAAGGCUUAAUAAGAAAUGCUGCAAAAGGGGUACAAUUGCUUCUCUUGUUAUUUUGACUGAUCCAUUCCCUUCAUUAAAGGAACGCUAAAAUACUCACACUUGUUAAAGUGAAAAUAUAUCCUAUUUAUAAGUACAUUUCUGUUAGUAUGAUACACCACUUGCCAUUAGAAACACUCUUAACAGAGCACAAGCGCCAUCUAAUGGCCAGUAAGAGUAAAUACAGUUUUUCAAGGCGUUAACAACAUGGCAGCUUUGUGGUUUUCGUGAUCAACGAAUAGCAAGCCUGGACAAUUAACUCUACUUAUAAACAGUGUAUAUUUUCACAGUAUUGACAUUACAUUGCACCUCUUUUUUGAGUAGCCUUGCCAUAGCAGUUAGGCCUUAUACUUAUAUUGCCAUUCAUGUAUUGUCAUAGUAAAUUAUAUUUUCCUGUCCAGUAUGAUAAACACCUGAGAGCUUAUUUACAAGUGUUAGGCAUAAAAAUGGGUGCCGAAUUCAAUACGUUUUUUAUUAAAGGGGAACUAUCGUAAAAAAUGAUAAUUUAAUAUAAGCUUUAUCAUACUGAAAUUAGAAGUUUUCUAAAAAUAAUCA